AUGGUUGUUGGAGCAAAUCUGAAGGUGCACACUGAAUAUAUAAGUGUUCUGAUACCACAAGUAUCAAAUGAACACGAACAGUUAGAAUCUGGUUAUAACUCUUCAACAUUGGCAUCAGUUCCGGAAAUUCUUCCAAAGAUCAAAAGGCCUACAACUGCACAUCAAGAUAAACAUGGUGAGAAAAAGUCCGUAUUUUCAGUUAACUCUGAGCAUUCGACAACAGUACAACAUAACUUGCAGCACCGCCAAACAAAAAAGCAGAUACACUCAUCACAACAGAAUAUUUCAAUUGAUCGCGGUCGGCGUUUGGUCCUUCCUUCAAAAUAUCAAGAAGAAAUUUCCAACUAUUCUGAUGACUGGGACUCAGAUUAUUCAGACGAUUGGACAUCGGAUUGUGCUGAUGAUUGGGAAUCAGUUUCGAAAGAAGCACCAAAAUCCACAAAAGUACUCACACAAAAAGAAUCUAGAGAUGAUUUACAAACAGAUCUAGAAAAACGACCGAAAUCGACAAAUGUGGUUCAACAGCAAGAAUGGAGAAGCGAUUUAAAAACAGAUAUGAAAGAAUCACCAAAGCCCACGAAUGUACGCGAACAAUCUCAGUUUGAAACAAAUUCAUCGAAUGAUAAUAUAUGUCUAGUACCAUCUGACCCCAGUGCUUUUGAACCUCUGUUCUGUCGGCAACGUCAGGCAGCCAUCGACAAUAUGACUUAUCGAAGAGCAGUUGAUAGCUGGAAGGCGAGAAGUAUUCAUGAUGUCGUCAAGCUCAUUCUUGAGUUAUCACUCGGCAAAAGUUUGAUCGAUCGAGCUUGGAUUGUAUUCUAUUGGGUUUCUCAAAAUAUUGAGUACGAUAUUGAAUCUUAUUUUAGUGGAAAUAUUCGACAUCAAACCACUGAAGAUGUGUUUAACAACCGAAAAGGAGUUUGUGAUGCGUUCGGUACAAUUUUCGAGGCUUUGUGCAAUGGAGUUCAGUUAGAAUGCAAGAAAAUCAGUGGAUACGCCAAAGGAUACGGUUUUAAACAGGAGAAAUCAACUUUUAAUCGAACGAAUCAUGCUUGGAAUGCUGUUCAUAUUGAUGGUCAUUGGUAUCUUGUAGAUCCAACAUGGGGUGAAGGACACAUAA